AUGUUUGUCGAUCUUGGCUACGAAGCUCGUCCUCUCGACUUCCCAUGGCUCAUGCUGCCCGACAACCACUACCACCACCACCACCACCACGCAGGCGACGACUAUGAAGCUUACCACAACCAAGACCUGAAGUGUUUUUUCAGUCUUUACACUCACCAAAUCCACUGUCUUGAACUGCCUGAGGCUUAUGAAAAGACUGUAUGUGGAUCAUCAUCAGGCUGGCUAAUCUUGCGACAUGAAACCACAUCAGCCGUUACCCUGCUCAACCCUCUCAACUGCGCUCAAAUUGCUCUCCCCCAACUCUCUUCUUCUCCAUUCUAUGAUCAAGACCCUUUACCUGUUCUUCACAAAGCUAUACUGUCUUCAGACCCUUGUCGCUACCCGUUUGACUACAAAGUUUUGGCGAUUUUUGGGCAGAAGCGAAGGCUCAUAUGCUACAAAGCAAGGGACAGGACCUGGACCAUGAUACAAGAUGCAGGGGUUCAUUAUGAAGACAUUAUUUCCAUGGGCAACGAGUUGGUUGCCACUGAUGAGAUUGGGAGGCUCGUGUCUUGUAAUCUUGAUGGCGAUUGGUUUUGGUUUCCACCAAAUGUUGAAGAAAUUUCUGACCCUUUUUUCUUUAAAGGAGGCAAAGUUUAUCUUGUGGGCAUAGAAGGAGAGCUUGUUAUGCUGAUAAGGUUUGUGCAGGAAAACUUUAGUUUUGGCCAAGAGACAUAUGACUUUGAAGUUUACAGGUACGAUUCUAUGGAAAGCAUUUGGGAACCGAUCAGCAACUUAGGUUCAUGGACAAUUCUCUUGGGACAUAACCAGUCUACCGCCAUUGAAGCUCGGCAAUUUAAGGGGCUGAUAAAACCCAACUGCAUCUACUUCACUGAUGAUAGUUUGGAUGAGGAUAGUUUGCUGGUUGGCCAUGACUCUGGAGUUUUUAGCAUGGAAGAUGGUAAAGUUGAGCCACUGAGAUGUAUUUCACAUGAUUUCAUGUAUGUUUGGCCACGCCCAGUUUGGUAUAUGCCUAGUUUUGCUUGA